AUGGAAGGAUUUGAUGACCCAGGAAUAUACUUUUCCGAUAACUUUUCAACAAACGAAACUAAUGAAACUCGAACUAAUCUUCAGUUUUUCAAAAAGAAGUUUAUGGAGUUUAUAAGGCAAUUUCACGAAGGAAACUUUAAUUAUAAAUACAGAGACACUUUGAAACGCAAUUACAAUCUUGGACAGUACUGGGUAGAAGUUAAUUUGGAAGACUUGGCAGCAUUUGACGAAUCGCUUGCAGAAAAAGUUUAUAAACACCCAACAGAAUAUUUGCCAAUUUUGGAGGAAGCUGCAAGAGAUUUGGCUGAUGAGCUUACAGCCCCGAGACCUGAAGGGGAAGAAAAAGUUGAAGAUAUACAAGUAUUAUUAUCUUCAGAUGCCCUUCCAAGUUCCUUAAGAGGCAUGAAACCUGAUGCAGUUUCUAAACUUAUUAAAAUACCUGGUAUCAUUAUUUCUGCAUCUGGAAUUAGAGCAAAAGCAACACAGAUUACUAUACAAUGCCGUUCGUGCAGAAGUAUGCAAACUAAUAUUUCCAUUAAACUUGGUUUCGAAGGAUACGUUUUACCCAGAAAAUGUACAACAGAACAAGGAGGUCGACCAAAAUGUCCAUUGGAUCCAUUUUUUAUAAUGCCAGAUAAAUGCCAUUGCGUUGAUUUUCAAGUUCUUAAAUUACAAGAAUUACCAGAUCAGAUACCACAGGGUGAAAUGCCACGCCAUUUGCAGUUGUAUUGUGAUCGUUAUCUAUGCGAUAGAAUUGUACCAGGCAAUAGAGUUCUUAUUUUGGGAAUAUAUUCUAUUAAAAAGGUUACUAAAACUAAUACUAGAAAUGCAGCAAGAGAUAAAGCAUUGGUUGGUGUUCGAGCUCCAUAUAUAAGAGUUAUUGGUAUUUCUAUAGAUGGAGAAGACUCUGGCAGUACUCAUCCAACUGUCACGAACGAAGAAGAAGAUUUGUUUAGACGUCUAGCGGCGGAUCAUAAUUUAUAUGACAGAAUUGCAAGAAGUAUUGCUCCUAGUAUUUUUGGUGCAUUGGAUAUUAAGAAAGCUAUAGCAUGUCUGUUGUUUGGCGGAUCUAGGAAAAGAAUGCCUGAUGGUCUUUGUAGAAGAGGAGACAUAAAUAUUUUAAUGUUGGGUGAUCCUGGCACAGCUAAGUCUCAAUUACUAAAAUUUGUAGAAAGAGUUGCACCGGUUGCAAUUUAUACAUCUGGAAAAGGAAGCUCGGCUGCUGGUCUAACAGCAUCAGUCUUAAGAGAUCCGGUAACGAGAAAUUUUGUCAUGGAAGGUGGUGCUAUGGUUCUCGCAGAUGGUGGUGUUGUUUGCAUAGAUGAAUUUGAUAAAAUGAAAGAGGAUGACAGAGUCGCGAUACACGAAGCUAUGGAACAACAAACAAUAUCGAUCGCGAAAGCAGGAAUAACGACAACGCUAAACACUAGGUGUUCUGUCUUAGCGGCGGCAAAUUCGAUAUUUGGUCGUUGGGAUGACAUAAAAGGAGAAGAGAAUAUAGAUUUCAUGCCAACGAUUUUAUCGCGUUUCGAUAUGAUAUUUAUUGUUAAAGAUGAGCACGAGCAAAAUAAGGAUAUAAUGUUAGCUAAACAUGUGAUGAAUAUUCAUACUCAUGCUGGUCAAGUUACAGAACAAACUGCAGAAGGAGAGUUACCGCUUCACAUUCUGAAGAAAUAUAUCCACUAUUGCAGAAGACGUUGUGGCCCAAGACUUAACAAAGAGGCGGGAGAAAAAUUGAAAAAUCGUUAUGUAGUUAUGCGAGCUAGCACACGAGAACUCGAGAAGGAUACAGACAAGAGAUUAUCUAUUCCUAUAACCGUUCGCCAGCUGGAAGCUGUUAUAAGAAUUUCAGAAUCGUUAGCGAAAAUGCAACUACAACCCUUUGCCAAUGAAGUCCAUGUCAACGAAGCGCUCAGACUUUUCCAAGUUUCUACUUUAGAUGCUGCAAUGUCCGGAUCGUUAGCUGGCGCAGAAGGAUUUACCUCGGAAGAAGAUCAUGAAAUGUUAUCCCGCAUCGAGAAACAAUUGAAACGUAGAUUUCCUAUUGGAAAUCAAGUAUCGGAACAAAAUAUUGUCAAAGACUUCAUAAAACAAGCAUAUCCGGAACGUGCUAUUUAUAAAGUUAUACACACAAUGAUACGUCGCGGGGAACUUCAGCAUCGUAUGCAACGUAAAAUGUUAUUCAGACUUCAUUAAAAUGCAGCAAUAUAAUCUUUUUUUUUUAAAUUUAAUAUAUUAUACUCUCUUCAUUUUAUUAUAAUGAUAUUGUGCAUUUAGGUAUUUUUAUUCGUUUUGUACUGUAUGUCGUUAAUUUCCAACGUAUAAAUAUAGAA